GGUGGUGUGCGGUCGCUUAGCGACAGAUUGGUACUAGAGACUAGAGACGGCUGUCAGGCUCCAUUCCUCCUCCAGCCUCCGUCAACAGCGUGCUACUCUCCUCCACCAUGGCGUCUGAAGAGCUCGCUAGGAAGCUGCAGUCUCGGCUGGCCAUUACGCAGGAGACUGAGCCGAGGCCGGAGCCAGACCACAACCAGAACCAGGACCAGAACAAGAGCCCGAGCCCAGUCCCGAGCCCGGUCCGACCCAAACCGCAGCAGGAGGCCGAGGCAGCCUGCGGAGACUCGUCCUCCGAGCUGUCCGCCAAGCUGACCCGCAGGCAGGACAUCAACGAGGGCACCGCUGCUCCGAGACUCACCCGCGUCUUCAACCCCCACACGGAGUUCAAGGAGUUCUCCCGCAAGCAGAUCAAGGACAUGGAGACCAUGUUCAAACGGUAUGACACUGGUAAAGACGGCUUCAUCGACCUGAUGGAGCUGAAGCUGAUGAUGGAGAAGCUGGGAGCUCCACAAACCCACCUGGGCCUCAAGAACAUGAUCAAAGAGGUGGAUGAAGACUUCGAUGGCAAGCUGAGCUUCAGAGAGUUCCUGUUGAUCUUCCGGAGAGCAGCAGCCGGCGAGCUGCAGGAGGAGAGUGGUCUGAUGGCUCUGGCCAGGCUGUCCGAGAUCAACGUCUCCACUGAGGGGGUGAUGGGGGCCAAGGACUUCUUUGAAGCCAAGAUGCAGGCUCUGUCUGUGGGCAGCAAGUUUGAGGCUGAGAUUCGAGAGGAAAAAGAAGAACGCAAGAGACAGGACGAGGAUAAAAAACAGAGACAAGCCGCCUUCAAGCAGCUGCAGUCGACCUUCUGCUCCUGACCCUCCACAGGAGGCAGAUAGCUAUCCUGACAUGCACAGUCAGUGCCACUGAGAUUUUAGAAAACGCUUCUCAUUCCACCUACACUUUAAUCAGUGGCAUUGCUCAGAAAACAGCAAGAUGCAUUAAAGUAAAUACUCACUAAAAUACUUGAAAAUACCUCAUAACACGUCACAGGCGAAGUUUAUUCAUUCCAGACUUCCGCAGCCGUUCCACAGAAAACAACAAGGCAAAAACCCGACUUCAGAUGUGUCAGGAAAUAUUCAUUGCAAUAUCAUAGAUUUAUCGUGCAGUUCUGUGGAAUUUGUCUUUGUGUCCCUCCGUACAAGAACUGGAAGUUUUCACCGCGAGGGAAUAUUACAUGUUUAGGUAACGUUAAGCUGUACUCACCAUGUCCUGUUCAUGUUGUUAGUUGUUGUUUGUGUCAUAUGGUCUUAUGAUCCUCACCUUGUUAACAUUGUUACAAUGGACACCUACUACAACCUGCAAUGUAAUAGAAAUAGUACAGUAAUAGAUAAUAAUAUGAAAAACCGUAUCAUUAUAGUAGUAUAAUAAUAAUAAUAAUAAUAAUAAUACGAUUAACAUCACAUAGUGUGGAACCAUCUGUUGGUGGAGUAGUAUACCGUCUGUAGAUUGAAACAGUCUUGAGCAGCUUUUGAUAAUGAUUUGAUCCACAAAAGGUUCACUCCCUGGUUCUGAUAUUUUGCCCCAAACCCCCAUGACCACUAAAACUCAACUGUGAACUGUUUCAGAAUCAGGGAGGUUAUCUUUAAAGGGAUAGUUCAACAGUUUGGGAAAUGGAUUUAUUUGCUUUCUUUCUGAGAGUGAGAAGAUGAGACUGAUACUAGUCUCAUAUUUGUGUCUUAAGUACAGAGCUGGAGUCAGGACGUAGUUAGCCUAGCUUAGCAUAAAGACUGGAAGCAGGGGGAAACAGCUAGCCAGACAACACCUCUAAAGCUCAGUAAUACUCACUUGUAUCUCGUUUGUUCAAUCCAUACACUAACAGAGAUUUUAAAUUGACAGUUUGUGAUUUUAGUUUCACUUACGUGCUGGAACUUUCUUGAUGAACAAUAGUUUCAUACCUGUAGUUUCAAAGCACGCAACUCCCCCUAAAACCACAACCUUUUAUUUUCACAUUUCUGUUUGUGUACAGAUGAAAUUAAUAUAGAUAUAAUAAUAUAUAACAUGUUAAUCAGUGAGCUUUAGAGGGUUUGGUAGUGGAAUGUUUUUACAUUGGACAGAGUCUUUAUGCGAAGCUUGGUUAACCAAUAUCCUGACUCCAGCUCACUACAUCUCACUCUAAGAAAGAAAGCAAAUAAACCUAUUUUCCAAAAUGUUAAACAUUUCUCUUUAAAUGAUUAUUUUGUGUCUAAACCAAGAUCAACAACAGCAGACUGAAUUCCAACUGCAUUAGUAAAAGCACACGUUAAGGUUUAAGCAUGUUUACCUGUGGUUCAAGGGUUCCUCAAGCUCGGCUUGUGAUUCUGUUUUUAGGAUCUAAAUUCUCAUGAUUCCAUUAUUGUACAGUUGACAAGUGUCAACGAACGUCAUGCGAAUUUGAGUAUGGUGUAGUUUAAUAUUCUGUUUUCACGAGCAUGCAAUGCAUGCAGUGCAAGUGUUAUCUAGGCUAGAUAUCCUCUUAAGCCCGACAGACCCGGAACUAGGUCGAAAUGGGUCGUACCCUGUGGUGUAGUCACAAAAAAGUCUCAAUGGAAGAUAUGCAUGUUUUGAAAACCUGAAGUAUUCAGCUUUCAGAAUCUGUAAACCAACUGUAUGUUGUCCAAACAAUGUCUUAUUACAAAGUAUUUUAACAAUAAAGUCAUACAGAAAUACGUCAUGUAAAUAUAAGAACAAGUUGUGAUCAAAAGAUCGGUGAUCAUUUUCUCAUAAGUCUACAAUAUCAUGCUUGGUAUCGUUGGAAAAUAGAAAUUCCGAGCUUUCCAACGCACCUAAAACACAAAACAAAGCCGUCAAACUUUACAUUUUACAGUCACAUUAACAUAAAUCUAUGUGAAAGUAUUUCACCAAGGCAUAUGUUAUUUUAGCCCAAAAUGGCAGAUUUGAGUUACUUACAUACACACGAUCAUAAAACACCAGAGAGCCAGAAUGAUCGGCUGUGAGACGAGCCAGGCGCCAUCUUGGGUCAAGAGUCUAGUUUGGUUUCAGGGGAGUUUUUGCUCGAUUCAGCCACCAGAUGGUGACGGACACCAACAAACUAACAUCAUUCUCUUCCUCUGGUUCUGAAGGAUAGAAUAUACCUUUAAUUCUGCAUUAAUCUGCUCUAUAGCAUGGUUGUCUUUGGUCAUAUAUGAAUUUUGAUCAGUAUUCAUUGUGUUUAUUACUAUUUCAGUGUUUUUGGGAUAUUUAUGUUAUUUGUAACAUGGUUAUAUGGAAAUAUAUAGUGUUUGAAGUAAAACUCCCAGUAAACAGACAACAUGGCCAAAACAUGGAGAGCGCCUGAAUAUAUCUUCAUGAAUUGAAUCAUAAAUGAUAUAUUUUUGUGUAUUUUCAUUAAAAUGUACAGUUCCGGUUGUAGUAGAAUAGAUAAAGGAUAAAAAUCUAAAUUUUUCCUUUGGUGCAUCUCCAUGGUAAUAUAGUUUAUUUUACUAAGAAUGGAUUCUUAUUCCCAGAUAUAUGCAUCUAAGCCUUAUGGUUUAGGAGCUAGUCCUGAUUCAUUUUGGGCAGUUAUUUAAGGUGUUUUUUCCGAGGCAUAGGGUAAUGGGCUUAACAGGAUAUUCUUAUAUAUGUUUAAAUCAAUGGAGCUUAUUUUUCAUGUAAAAUAUAUCAGUAUUAAAUGUCUCCUGCAACCCUGUAUGCAUAACAAGUGACUGAAGCGGGGUCCCAGCCUUAAGGUUGAGAGUCUGGGGGAAAUAGCAGUCAUGCUUCUUGUGGUUUAACUCUAAAACAGAGUAGUCAAUGAUCCUCCGUCUGUUUUGUAAGUGACAUCUUUUUAAGUGUGGGGCUGACUGGAAUCGUUCUCCAUCAAUCUGCUUUAGUCUGUGUGGAUCCACAACACUACAUGAAUGGUCAGCAUUGUUUGAAUCAUUUAUUUAAAGCAGACACUUUGAUGGGUUACACACUGUGACGUAAGAAUUUGUUUUUAGUUGUAGUCUAAUUCAAAGCAUAUGUGGGUUUGAAAAAGGAACACCAGUGAUUCCGUAUUGCACUUUCAUAAAGUUGAGGAACUUGCAAGAGACCGAUUUAAAAGACUUGUCAAAACUCCCUAAACACAGGAUCCAACAUUCCCCACAAUACAAUGCUUGAUAUCAUCUUUGAUAAGACAGAGCCUCUCCCUGGGUAAAUGCCCAGAUCUGUUGAACUCCACGACCCCCUGUUGUACCGCAGGAUUAUGAAUUUAUAGUCUACAAGCCUGAUGACAUCAUUAUGAAGUCAUCAGGUUUAACUAAGCUCCUCCAGGCCUUCAGAAGAUAUUAUACAACUGUUCACAGGCUAAAGAGUACUAACCUACUACUGUGUAAAAUCAGUCAUUCAUAUGCCUACCAUGUGCUUAAUCUGUCCACUAUCCACUCCAGUUCUAAUCUCUAUAAACAGAUUCUGCAUUCACAUGUAGAAUCUGUAGUAACGGGGGACAAGAUUUUGGUACCAGAAGAGUUCUGGUUUCCAUUUAUAGUCCAAGUAGUAUUGAGCAAUCACGUUCGAGUAGGCUUAAACAGUCCAUGUGGAGAACAAAAGAGACUGAACGCAUUGGCUGAAAUGCAUAUGGGAACCCACCGGCUAUCGUCUGACGAUGGUUUAGCUUUCUUAUUGGUUUAAAAUAAGCUUGUUAACUGGCUACUUAUGAAACAAUCUGGUCGUACACGUCGUCUCUCCAACUCCAGUCUUGCAUCUCCAGUUGCUAAUGGACUGUAAGCAAUGAGCAGCGCACGGAAAAGGUAAUCCGGAUAUCCGCUGUCGACAACAGAACCCCAGAAAUACAGCUCAUCCGUCAUCAGAGCGAUAGCCGAUAGGUUCCAAGAUUGUUCCAGUUCUGCAUCUGUGACUCAAAACUUUCCCUACCUUAAUUAUGUAAGCAAUAUCCCAUUUCAAAGUUCUUUAAAUGAGGACCAGAACCUUUACUGAAAAUGUAGUCCACUCUCCUCAUCAAGAAAACCUAUACACCACUCUGGGUACUGUGCUGGGUUUCUUUCUUGGCAUUAGGCUGCAAACUUCAGAAGGACAGUACCACAAAUAUACACCACAUCUGCAAUAUGCCAAACCCAAAAAAUGUGUAAAGAUAGCAUAUCUUUGUCCAGAAUCUGUUCUAUCCUACACCUGACUGCUACAAAUGUCAGCGCUUGUCAGCUUUGGGACUAUACAGUAGUAUAUAUAAACACAAACAUACAAAAGGAAUCACUGGUCCUAAAAACCUGAAAUGUUGACCUAAGCAGUGCUUAUUGUUAAGUGCAGUUCGUGUAUCCGGCCCUUUAUUUUCUCUGUUGUAAUAUAUUUAAGUUGUAGCAUGUUCAAGUUGUCAUUUAACCAAACUACUGUACGUAUUACACACCUUCUUUGGAAUUUGUUGUGGAAAUUGACAAUGUAUUUUUUCACGAAUAAAAUAGUAUAUAUUGUUAUUUGUUUUAGCAGAGACUUGUAAGUUGCCAAAUAUGAAAAAGGUCAGUGAAAUAUAUAUUUUUUGGGCACUUCUUGUGUUGUUAUAGUCCCUGUCAGAAUGGAAGUUUGACUUGAUUGCAAUAAAGGAUAAAUAAAACUGAUAUUAAGAAA